GGGGAACCCCCUGAGUGAUGAAGGAGUAACGAUGAGAUUGAGAAGCCUAUCGUCAAGAUGUGGAGAGCCGAGUGGCAGGGGUAAUGCCGGAAUAAAGAUCUACGAAGAAGGCGUUUAUCAUGAGCCUACAGAGGAACAGAGGGCAUCAAUCUACUAUUCCUGCCCAACACCCACUAACGAUGACAACUUGUACUCAGAACUAGUCAAACAGAGCUCCAAGUCCCUACAGGAUCAUGUGUAUGAUGACCACAUCAGCACCACUAGUAGCACAGUCAGUAGCAGUGGGAGUGGAGCUCCAGCCUUCUUCCACGAGGAGCCCACCUACUGGACACCUGCUGACAGUACCCAGGCCCUCUACAAACAGCUCAGCACUAGGAAAUACAGAGAGCUCUCCAGGAAACACGUCAGUCUUCGUCAGCAUUUGGGAUCAGGUCAGUUUGGGACGGUGGUCCAGGGGGUGUGGAGCUCCCCGAGAGGACCGGUGGAUGUGGCAGUCAAGACUCUCAAACCAGGC